ACUUUCGUCACGGCGUCGCGCUAUCGCGCCUCGUCCUCAUCUCGUCUAUUCGCUGCACGUACAAGACGGCGCCACUAUGGGACUCCAAGGCGCCUAUACGACAUGCAAGGAGCACUCGUUUGUCUCUUGCGCCAGUCGGGCCAUUUGGCCCCUGUCAGCAGCGUCUUCACCCGGAUCCAGGUAGGUACGGCGUGGUUUGCAGCCCCGAAACAUGACAGCGGGCGAUAUGAACCCAACGUGGACGCCUUGCAAACAUAGUCAAACCACCGUUGAAGUGGCUGCAAACCUUCUAGCCACCGCGUCUUUGUCUGACCUCUCUUCUCGCACCAUACUGCAGCCCGAGCGCGUCGAGCUUUCAUCUCAUCUUCAUGUCUACGUUGAAUUACUACUACUGAGCGCGGGGUGCGUAAACAUCGCGCGAUGCCGACCAAGCGCAUUCUGUCCUGGUCGAAACGCCAGUCUAGUUCAGAGCCAUACUAUCGCACAGGAGGGCUGCUGGCGAUUCAAUCAAUCGAGCCCGAGCCCAAUGACUAUGAACCCAAGACCACUCUGAGAGUCGAAAAGCUGCGGCCAGCGAACCUUACCAUCCUUCCAUCAGACGACAAGCAAAAUGUCUGCAGUCCUGUCACAUCCCAGUAUAACGCAGCCGUUGUUGGUGCUGCGACCAUCCUACAUUCUUCCUCCAACGAUAUGCUGCGCUCGCCAGUACCUAGCACCAGUCCAUGCUCGAGGUCCACAUCUUUACUGCAAAAACCCCUUCCCUGUCGGCCACGUUCUGCCUCGGUCCCUUCAAUUGCAGAGUUACCUGCCGAGCUACCUGGCUCUCUUUUGUUAGAGAAUCAAGGAUUUCCAUCAUCUUCAACUCCUGUAUCUGCACGACCGACAACCCAGAUCUUUAGGAGGGAGAGUCACCCGCCCGAUAAGCAUUUGAGUCACGAGAGUGUCUCUUUGGACGCGUUGGACUUGGUUCCGGCACAAUUGAACCAUACCCGGUCCGUUCCAGAACUAAGCUCGCGAUACAGCAUAAUGAAGACCAUCCCCAGCGGUGAUGAACUUCAGUCCGCCAAAGCCACCCAAGUUGAUCUAUUAACGGAGGCCGAUAGCAGAACCUCGAGUAAGGCCAGAAAGCGGGGACGUUCGAGACCGGAUUUGAUUACUUCUCUUUCAUCCACGCACGGAAAAGCCUCGAUGAACAAAGGUGGCAUGCAAAGUCCCAGUCAGAGGUGGCUUGGUCAGGGGAAGAGAGUGGGUGACCGGGAUGUUGGAAACCGCCGACACCGUCAAAAUGAAGCAUCUUCUGCGUCCAACCCCUCAGUAACACAGAGCAGGCAUAUCGAAGAACUCAAGGCGACCAUUGCUACACAAGGUCAAACAAUCUCGAUCUUCCAGUCCCAGUCUACCAGUUUGAGAUUGUCGUGCGAGUCACGCGUUGCAAGCCUUGUAGAAUCACACUCGGCAGAAGUUGCGUCUUUGAAGAAUUACAUUCGAACGCUCGAAGAGCAGGUUAGCAAGCACGGCCUGCAUCACGCGUUAAGUAAUAAUGCCCUGACUGUCCUGGACACCAUAGGAACACCGCACACGCCAAUUCGAGAAACCGCACAAGUUAUAGUGGAUACCAUAUCUGCCAGUCCGAUCGAACCUGAGAACAAAGAGCAAUCGCCCCAACGCUUGGAAACCAGCCUUGAGAUGGAGAAUCUAAAGCGGAAGCUAAGCAGCACCCGCAGACCCGAAACGACAACCCGAAAUCUACUUCCCGAGCUCAACCAAUACAAACAGAACAAUGUUGCUCUUCAACAGCAAAUCGAAUCUCUGAUGGCGAAGUUGAAUGAAUCAAAGAAAAGCGAAAGGGAACUUCGUAACAUACUUGGGAUGACUGAGAUGAAAUGUGCCGAGUUUGAAGAUAAGGCAACGCAUGCCGACAGGCUUGCAAAAACUAUGCAAGCUCUACAGAAUACCAUAGAUCACCUUGAGAGCCGUCUUGAGAUUGCGAACACAAAGCGACUAGACGCGGAAGAACAGCUUUCGAAUUUGAGAAGCGAUAAAUCACCUUUCGACCUUUCUCCUCCCAAGUCCCACGUACCAUCAAACGCAAACCAAGCAACAUUUGGUGCUUGUAUAAACACAAACACAGUGUUCCCCGGCACUUCAAUUGUCAGUUCGGAACUCGACUCUCAAGAAAAUUCGGCGUUAGCUGCAUUCGUGGCGCACAUGGAGCGCCUGCAAGAUCAAGUCAGAGAGAAGGAUCUCUACAUUGCGGAAUUGGAAAAAGAGCGACAGCAACUGCGGCAAACACACAUCCGGCUUGAACGGGAUCACAACAAAAUUGCUAUUCAUUCGGAGAUACAGGAUCAAUCACCAGAAGCACGCCGAACAGAUACUUACAUGGAACAACUUCGAAAUGCAGUCUUGAACCGCGAAUCAUUGAUUGAAGAGAAGGAUAGGGAUCUUCGCGCCGUGGAGAGGCAGUUAGAGCAUCACAAACUCUUGUUGCAAGCAGAAAUAAGGCGACAUGCGGCGAUGAAGCUUCACAUGGCCACGGAGGAUGACUCGUUGCCUGAACUCACCUCGCUUGCCAGACGGGAAGAUAUCGAUAGGUGGAUGAACAGACUCCACGAACGCCUGAGAAGAGAGCAGUCUAAGAAGAAGGGAAAGACUCUUACUGACACUCCGGACGUGCAGAUGGAAAGUAUGCAAAAUGAAAUUGACUUCUAUGUCCGGGAGAUCAUUCUCUUCAAGCUUGACAUCAAAGGAUAUAAAAGCGAUAUUCGAAAGCUGAAAAAGAUCACUGCGCAAAUGGAAGCUUAUGGCAGGACGGGUGAGUUGGAGUCUGAGACGUGUUCCCUUAGGCAAACAGCUACAUCUGUGCGCUCACAGUUCGCGCCACCAACGCCGGAGCUCUCCAGCACUGCCUCACCUGUCAUGGACAACAACCAUACCAGAACUACUACAGAUGAUCUAGGGGAAAGUUCUGUCACUCCCUCGCCAUCAGCUCCCUCACGCAAUCUGGACUAUGUAGCUACCGUCCCAAGGAACUCGCGCGAGCUCGACAUACCGACGACGUUGCAUGAAACAGCGCAUGGGGAUGACUGCACAGUGGAAACUGAUCGCAUGGACUGUGGAGUAUCUUCGUACACGGCUGGACCGCGGUCAGCCGAGUGCCGGGAGCCUACGGUACGUACGCUGAUGGUGUCGUAGCCCAGCGUGUAACUCCCGUAGUGCGGCAAGCUCACUACAAGCUUGUCAAUGUUCGAUUCAGCUGGAUGAUAGAUGCGUCUUCUUCACAAGUGCAAUAUGAGUGAGCCUUUGCUUGAGCUGCACCAAGCUUCCCUUUUCUUCACACACGAUGGUUCAACCACAGCACAAAG